ACACUUUAUUCCAGAAACGCUUUCGUUAAGAAAAGAUCAAGGUAGUAAAAUCAUGGCAAUGGUGUGGGCAGCGCUCCUUUUGUCCGGCAUCGUAUGUACAAGUUCCCAGUACAUUUACUCGAAAGAUCGUUGUGCCAGUAAUGGAGAGACAAUGAUGCAGAUUCGAGAACUUGUGAUCCAGCAGGGGAGGAUCCAAGAAUCUGUUGAUUCCCUCAGGCGGAUGGUUAAGAAACUUGAAGAAGAUGUAAACAAGACCCAUGAAGAUGUUAGAAUUGUCAAGAAAGAGUCACACAAAUAUAAAGAUUGCAAGGACCUCUAUGUAAAUGGUAAUACAGAAUCUGGUGUGUAUGAGAUCUAUCCAUUUGGUAUUGAAAGCAAGGUCAGCGUCUUCUGUGACAUGAUGACAGAGGGUGGAGGGUGGACAGCUUUACAGAAACGUGUCAGUGGUUCGGUGUCAUUCGACAGAACGUGGUCCGACUACAAGACGGGAUUCGGGCAUCCUAGCGGAUCCUACUGGAUAGGAAAUGACGUUAUACAUCAACUUACUAAGAGAAGCAACACCUCCCUCUACGUCACCCUGACACUGACCAAUGGCACAAAGCUCUAUGAAUUAUACAGCCAGUUCUCUGUUGCUGACGAAACCAACAAAUACCGACUUUUUCUUGGCGGACCAGCUACUGGGACCCUGGGAGACAGCAUGACAAGCGGCCACGAUCUGUCUGGAAUGCCAUUCACCACCAAGGACAGAGAUAACGACAGGUCUAUUAAUAACUGUGCUGUUCACAAUAGAGGAGGCUGGUGGUUUAACUCCUGUCACCACGCCUUCCUUAACGGUCCAUGGUCCUCGAACUCCUGGGACUGGCUAUGGUAUCGUACCGUAAUGUACGGGACAUCAGUGAAGGGGACCACCAUGAUGGUAAAACGUCACUAGACAAAAGAUCAUCCAUGGAUAACGCAAACCCUCACGAGAAGAUUUUAAAUUAAUUUCCAUCGCUGAGUUCUUUUUUUUUAAAUAUUUAACAUCAAGUAAUAAACAUGUAAUCGGAUAUGUUUUCGGUAAGGAAGGGGAUUGAACUCUUC